UGGCGUCUCGUGCCAGAGACGGUGGUGGCCAACGUGGAGGGGAACAACAGGGAAGUGGAGAAGUGGUGGGACCAAGAGAGGGGCAAAACUGGCGGGCACUGAACAAACUCCUCUCUGUGUGUCCGGAAAGUCCAAAACCGGCACACUGUCAUGACAAACAAUGUGUUGUACACUCUCGUACGGUUCUUGUCUUGCUGACACGCGUGUUCAGUGAUACCGCAGGCACUCAUUAAUCCAAAACAACAUAAACAUUAUCAUUAAUCAAUUCGUUUAUUUAUUGAAAUUACAAAAAUUUCAAUAUACAUUUUGUUUUUGCACGUUUGAUUGUUUUCGUUUUUGUUUUUUUUUUCUUUUUUCAUUUCUGCAUUGUCAGUAGUUUUGUGUGAAGACAUUCCAUUUCUCUCAGGUUGUUUUCCUUCUGCACGUUGAGCAUAGAAAUUUCGUGUUAAUUUGUUUGAAUUACGAAUGAUUGUGGAUGAAUGGGUUGUUUUGGAGCACGCGAUUAAAAGGAUUAAGUCUAGUGAAUUAUGGAGACUCGAAUUGGUGUGUGUGGUGGCGGUAUUAGCGGUGCCAUUGAGCCGGUGAGAUGCGUUGGCACUCCUUCACCGGUACCAUCUACGACAUUAGUAUCAACAUCAUCAUCAUCAUCAGCAGCAGCAGCAGCAUCAACGACAACAACAGCAACAACAACAGCAAUAACAGCGGGAAUUAACAAUAAUGCGAUAAGCUCUGUUGGUAUCAGUCAGAGUCCAAUGGUUGUGCUACCGAGUCCGCCGGCUGCAUCACAUCAGAGUAAUGUGCCAAGGAUACUCAGCAGAAAUGUCAAUGGAACACUUGUACAGACCUCAGUACCGCAAAAUGAAGCAGAGUUACAAUUGUAUAGAGUCAUGCAGAGAGCAUCAUUGUUGGGCUAUUAUGACACACUUCUUGAAAUGGGUGGAGAUGAUGUGCAGCAACUGUGCGAUGCUGGUGAGGAGGAAUUCCUUGAAAUAAUGGCACUGGUAGGAAUGGCGAGUAAACCACUGCACGUGAGAAGACUACAAAAGGCUCUCCAAGAGUGGAUUACUAAUCCUUCCCUUUUCCAAACACCAGUGGUGCCAGGAACUGCAUCGGCCAAGAAUUCAACGCCUUCGGUAACAACAUUCACAUGUGCUAGCCCGAGAGCCCAGAAUUCCAGUGUCUUUAGUGGAUCAGUAGCCUCAACUAGUCCCACCACUCCAAUUUCAUUGAGCCACGUGCCUAUCACACCUCUACCGUGUCGCAGUAUCAGUCCUUUGACACCAGUUGCAAACGUUGUUACACCUACUCCUACCUCAACAUUUCGACAGAGUCCGAGUCCCAAUACUAAUACCCCAUAUUCUGGAGUACACAGUCCAGACGUACUUCAGGUAGGCACAUGUGAAUCAUCUUGCGGCAGUGGUACAACACCAAGUCCAGGAGGCGGUGGUGGUAGUUUAAAUGCACCACCCAGUCCGACUCAGACAACCCCUAUACUACUCCCCUCCCAAGUACAACGACUCGCUGAUGCAGCUGAGCGUCUUGCUAGUAAUUUGCGUCCCCUCGAUCCAAAACCACACAAUAUUAAGAAGAAGAUUUGCAAGAACCUCGAGAUGGUAAUGACUAUGCCCGACACUGACCCCAAGAGGAUGGAGGAAAUACGAAAAUACGCGGCGAUUUAUGGUCGUUUUGACUGCAAACGAAAGCCUGAAAAACCAUUGACAUUACAUGAGGUAUCGGUCAAUGAAGCAGCCGCUCAAAUUUGUCGAUUUGUGCCGGCAUUGUUGACGAGAAGAGAUGAACUUUUUCCUCUUGCAAGACGAGUUGUUAGAGACUCGGGCUAUCACUACUCGAAAAAUCAAUUCAUGACGUCCAUGACAAGACAUCGUGAGAAUGGUGACGAGCCUGAGGUCACUGGUGAAAGGGUUAAGAGACGUCACCUGGAUCAUGAUCCGGAGGGGGAAGACACGUCUCAGGCCGAGUUGGACCUUCGGUGUACCGGCAUGGAUGUCAACAUUUCCAGCCUCAGGAGCCAUGGGUCAUCGAGUCCAGUCUGGCGGAAGAAGAAUAACAACGGUGUAUUCGGAACGAGUAUUGAAGAGAUCAGUGACACCGAUAGUCAAUUUUCAUUUUCUAACGAAGAAUCAUCUUCACUUCAUGAUCCAAACGACCUAGAUGCGGACAAUACUGAUAAAGAGAGUGAUUUCAAUUUGAAGGUUAUUGCCUCUCGGGGAGACAACAUAAUUGCUGUAGCCAAUCCAGCACUGAUGGAGUGCAAUCAUCCCAUUAAGAAGGAGCCUGAAGAUGAAAAGUCAACGCUGUGAUAAUAAUAUGUUAGUUUGAUAUUGUUAAAUCUUCAAGAAUAAUUCAACAUCGUUUCUGUUAAUAAUUUAAAAGAGAAAGCAUAAGUGAAAAAUAUACACACACACAUCAUCAACUAAUUUGUUAUUUGUACUGUCGAAAAAAAAAAAUGAUGAUUUACAUCGCCAUGAUUAUAGCAGUUUUCAGUGUGAUUAUACUUGUAGCUUUAGUUGCACUUGCAUUACACAUUCUGUAUAGAUAUAACUGACUCAAAACGAAGUAAAACGAAUGAGGCGAAAACUAGUGUGUUCUUUACUCUAUUGAUGCAUCCAAAAUCCGUCUGAUGAAUCGAG